AAAGCAUUUGUCAAGUUUCCGCCUGGAUUUCGUGCAUAUCCCAGUAAAAAUUUCCAAGUUUCAAGUCUGGCUGAGAUUGAUCCCACUGGCUGCCAACUAACUGUGGACCAACUCCUGGCUGCUGCACUGCAUCAUCAAGUAUGGCAUCUGGCAUCGAUCUGAGCCGCGAGUGCAAGCACGUGUUCGAGCAGAUCCGAAAGUUGAAGCAGCAUCGCUACGCGGUCUUCGUCAUCCAGGAGGAGCGAGAGAUCAAGGUGGAGUUGCUGGGUGUUAGGGAGGCCAACUAUGAUGACUUUCUUCGGGAUCUGCAACGUGGUGGAGCCAAUCAGUGCCGCUUUGCCGUCUACGACUAUGCGUAUCGGCACCAGUGCCAGGGCACCUCGUCCACCUGCUUGAAGGAGAAGCUAUUCCUGAUGCUCUGGUGCCCGACGCUGGCCAGGAUCAAGGACAAGAUGCUGUACUCCAGCACGUUUGCGGUGCUCAAGCGGGAGUUUGCCGGCGUCCAGAAGUGCAUACAGGCCACCGAACCGGAGGAGGCCUGUCGCACUGCUGUCGAGGAGCAGCUGCGCUCCUUGGACAGGGAGUAGUCCUUCUCCUUCUGCUGCUGCUCCUGCUCCUUCUGCUGCUCCUGCUGCUUCUGCUGCUGCUCCUGCUCCUUCUUGAAAUAUAGUAAGGCUCAUUCAGUCGGCCGUCAAUUUAAA